AUGAGUGCAAAAUGUCCAAAAAGAGUUUGUCACAGUAAAUCUGCUUCUGCUGAUUAUAGGUUUGCCUGUGUUUUAGGACAAAAAAAUCUUGGAGAAUCCUACACUGAGAAAAUCCUUGAGAAUUUAAUUUUAAAACCAGGAAAUCGUCUUAAGCAAUAUAAUGCCCGUUCGCAAAAACUAUUAACCGACAGAAGACUCAAGAUAAAAAAGCCAGAAAAAGAAAAUAUUGAAGGAGUUACCUAUGAAACUAACUGCGCACUGCUUUCCGAACCGGGAAUUGUAACUGAAACAAGAAAUAAGGAUAACGACGGUAACACACAAGUCUCAGGUAUUCCGAUAGUUCUUCUUGACCUUGAAACCACUGGCUUCUCAUGUGAAGCAGAAAUUUUACAAAUAGCAGCCAAAUCUGGUAAAGAAUUGUUCAACAUUUACGUGAAUCCUGUUGGAUCCAUUUCAGUCAAAACUUCAGAAGUGCAUGGAUUAACAAGUUCAUAUGGGAACCUGUUGUACUAUGGAGUGAUUGUACCAUCGGUUCCAAUUCGAGCAGCUUUAGCCGAAUUUCAAAAUUGGCUAAUGAAAUUGGGAAGUCAAUGUUAUGUCGCUGUACAUAAUUUAAAUGUCGAUGGUCCUAGGUUGAUGAGAGUAAUUGAAAAUUAUUCCAUGACAGAAGAUUUCAAAUCAACAAUCGUUGGGUUUGUAGAUACCUUGGAGAUAAUUCGAUGUAAAAAUAAGGGAAAUAGCAGUUCUAUUGCAUCAUUAGCGUCGGUGAAUGAGAUCUCAAUUAAUGGAGCACAUAAUGCUAUUGAAGAUUGCAAAAUUCUCGAGAAUAUUUUGCACAAAAUGAACAUUGGUAAUGUCCAUAUCCUUGAAAAUAUGAAGCCUUUUAAAGACCGAAGAACUCAUUGGUCUGCUUUACAAUCGACGCGAAAAAUUGUUUUAGGACUGACUCCCCUUGCAACAGUUGUCUCAAUUUUAAUUAGAAAGAAGCUUGCUAGCGCAGGAGUGACUUUAGAGAGUUUGACAAACGCAUACCAAACAUCUGGAGAAGAUGAAAAGAGAGUGAAAGAGAGUGAGAGGGUGGAAGAAAGAGAAAGUCAGCAACAUUGUCGUGUCAGAGGAACUGAAGGAUAUGACCUUGGAUGA